AUGAGUGGAGGUUGGAAUACCAUCGAGUCCGAUGCGGGUGUUUUCACCUUCUUACUCGACAACCUCGGGGUGAAAGAUGUACAAUUCGAGGAACUGAUAGCAUUGGAUGCUGAUGUUUUACGACAACUUAAUCCAGUCUAUGGUGUCAUCUUCCUCUUCAAAUAUCCUACUGGCGAGAAAGCGAACACAGAUGGCACUCCUAAAGAUGGACAAUACGAUGAGGCUGCCGCCGAGAACCUGUUCUUCGCUGCUCAGACGAUACAAAAUGCUUGCGGUACACAAGCUCUGCUCUCGGUUCUCUUAAAUAAGGAUGGUGAGAUCGACGUUGGACAACCUCUGAAGGAGUUCAAGGAGUUCACAGCUGGCUUCCCGGCCGAGUUUCGUGGAGAGGCCUUGAGUAACUCUGAAUUGAUAAGGGAUGUCCAUAAUAGCUUUGCUAAGAGCAGUCCUUUUGUGGAUGAGACCCAGCGUAUGGCUACUGAGGACGACGACGUCUAUCACUUCAUCGCGUAUACCUCCCUCAAUGGUGUGCUAUACGAAUUAGAUGGACUCCAACCAGCACCAAUUUCGCAUGGACCAAGUACUGUCGAAGAAUUCCCGGAGAAAGUGAUACCAGUCCUUCAACGCCGAAUCUCAAGAUAUCCUUCAAAUGAGAUUCGAUUUAAUUUGCUAGCUAUGGUUAAGGACCUAAGGAUUCGUGCGAGAGACUUUGGAGACCAGGAAGCUUUGUACAGAGAGGACCAGAAGAGGAGCGAAUGGCAAUUUGAGAAUGCCUUACGGCGACACAACUUCAUCGGAUUUGCUGGGGAAGUUUUGAAAGGUGUCAUUGGCGAGAAACUGAAGGCCGGACCCGAGGCGUAUGAGAAAUGGAUUGAAGAUGCUAAAAAGAAAACGAAGGAACGGGCUGAAGAGCAGAAAAAGGGUAGUAGUGAGGAUCAAGAGAUGUCGGGCUGA